CUAUGAUGUUCUGAUUAUGAGAAUGUUACUUCUUGACGAAGGCUAUGUCUAGAAUAUCCCUAGUCGCACUUUAUGAUAAUACAGACGUCAUAACGUAUCAAGACUAGUACGUACGAGAUGAGAUAGUUGCGUCUCAUAGACUAUAGAAUGAGUCAAGAAUCGACCCAUGGUCAGUACGUUCCGGAGCCGGAGCACGUGAGCGUGCACACGGUGAACACCGAGGAUUCGAGUUUCACGCCUCCGAGUGACGGAGGGCAGCAACAGAAUCAACCUGAGCCAGCGGGACAGCCACCAGCUGUACCACCGCCAGUCGUACCACCUCCAGUGAUACCACCGUUGGUGAUGCCGCAGGUGGCCUACGAGCAGAUGAUCCCGGCCAUGAUGGCCCAAUAUAUGAAGCACAUGGCGCAGCUUAUGCCCAUGUUCCAGACACCGCCACCACCACAGCCGCAGCCGCGCAUCGUUACCUUCAAGACAUUGAAGGAUAAUGGAGCGGAAGAGUUUCGAGGAGACAAGAUGGGGGAGCCCCAGAUUGCGUUGGAUUGGCUUGAGCAGAUGGACCGGGGGUGGGCCAUGGCGCUCCUCUCCGCGCUACUCAAGCAACGCGAAUUCGUCCUCCCCUACAGUGACGGACUUGACUCUGUCUUCAAGCUGAUGGACAGGGUCAUACGCUGCUCAGACCAGAGGUGUCCGUUGUCCGUGCAAGGGAAGCAAUUCCCUGCAGAUUUGAUAGAGCUACCACACAAGGAGUUUGACAUUAUCCUUGGUAUGGAUUGGCUCACCGAGCAUAGAGCAGUGGUCGACUGCAGUUGUCGGACCGUACGGCUGAGAGCCGAGGAUGGUAGCGACGUAUCACUCUCCGGGGAGGUGUUCCCCAAGGCUCCCGAGUUCAUAUCGUCCUUGAGCGCGAGGCGCUUGAUUCGCAAGAAGUGCGAGAUGUUCCUGUGUCACGUUCAGGAUAUGCGAAAAGAAUCACCACGUCAGCAGGACAUCCAUACGGUUUGCGACUUCCCCGAUGUCUUUCCCGAAGACCUUCCUGGUUUGCCUCCGCCGAGAGAGGUAGAGUUCUCGAUCAAUCUCAUUCCGAGUGAUCAGAUAGAUGAACCUAGAGCCGAUCCCGGAGGGCAUUGAGGAGGAGAUGUACGAUGGCGUGGCUGUCUCUUUAAUCUGUAGUUAUGCUUUAUUUAAUUAACUUUAAUGCUUAUU